AUGAAUCAACACGUAUUCCUCCCUAACCUUUCCUUAGAUUGCGCCCAUAUUCGGGAACUUCAUACCGCUGGGGACAGUGGUGAUGCAUCAAAUGCCGUAAAUCAAACAUCUCGAACAGCGUUUUCCAGGAAGGCUGCCGAAUACCCAGUGAUUACCAAUGUACAGCGCCAGUGUCGAAAACUUCGAAGCCUCUUAGGUCAAAGUUUGGCUGCCUUUCUAUCCACUUCUGCUGGAGGCCCGUACGCCCUUCGUCGUCUGUUGGCAGGCGAUGUGAAGCAGUUGUUUCGGCGUUCAGCUUGUGGUCAGCUGAAUGAACACCCACGACAGCAACUUGAACACGAUUUGCCCGACCCGGAUCCGGCGUCUGGUCUGAAACGGAAUCGGGUAAAAGGAGGUUACAUUGUCACUUCCUAUCUCACCAUUGAUUCGUAA